GGUACACAUGAUUUAUUUCCUGAUUUAUAUUUUAUGUUUAAGAAUUGAUCAACAAAGAGUAUAUGCUAAGUUUCAUAAAAUUAGUUUGGUGGAAGAAUGUGAUAUAGACUGAUUUCAUUGUCCCACACCGGUUAAAUGGGGGACUUGGUGAUGGCUUUAUAUGGCCAAAGAUUCUCCUACCUGAACAGAUAGCUUUUAGGGUGUGGCUCUCCCUUGUGCUGUAUCAUUUGGUAUCAGAGCCCGAUCUAAUGGAAACCCGCAACAAGGCUCAACAUGAUAAGACUCAAGAGGUUAGUGACACCCUCGUCCCACAUGGAAUCCAAUUAAACCACCUCACUAGAAGUAACCAACAAUUAACUGCUGCCGUCCAAACACUUCUCGAGAAAAUGCAGUCCCUUGAAACCUCCAUUAACACGACCCGUUCCAACGACUCGACCGGGUCAUCCACUCAUCACCGCACAUCGCCGUUCACUCAUGACGGCAAUAGUAAACCUCAAACCAAACUGUUUUUUCCCAAGUUUACCAGAGAUGAUCCGAUUGGAUGGCUUUACUUAUCCGAAAAAUACUUCGAGUUCGCCAAAAUUCCUACUGACCAACAAGUCUCCUUAGCCUCAUUUCACAUGGAGGGCAUCGCCCUACAGUGGUACAGGUGGUAUACAAAGUUCAAAGGACCACUCACCUGGAGAGAACUCACCCAAGCGGUUUUGCAGCGCUUCGGCCCGACCGGCUCCUCCGCACGUUCAACCUCGUCCAACCCUGGACUCUUGGGCCCUCAUCCGAAUGCACCAUCAGCAGCCAGGCUGCCCCCUCUCAAAAUCCAGUCAAACGCAUCAUUAGUACACAAGCCAAGGAGCGACGAGACAAGGGUCUUUGUUACUAUUGUGACGAGAAGUUCUUCCCAGGUCAUCGAUGCUCCAAACCUCAAUUGUUUAUGAUUUGUGAGGCCGCAGUUGAAGAAUCAAUAGAACCCGCAGAUCAGGUUGCUGAAAUCGUAACCCCAAAAUAACGUGCAUGAAGUUUCAUUCCAUGCAAUAACAGGAGUAGAAUUCCUUUUGUGUUUUGGUCUUUUUCCUCUUCUAUAAAUAAAGGAGAAACCCCUUG